GCGGUAUACAGUAAAUGGAAAGGCAGACUAUUAUAAACUUUAACAUUUAGGAAACAACAUAGAAACAAAACCAAAUAUGAUUGCCAUAAAUGCAGUAUGUAAAGUCUAGAAAACUUGAAGUAACAAAAGAAGAAUGAGAUGAAUUAGGGACUGUUUCUGAAUCAGUAAAAUUUGAAAUGGACUUCGGAGGCAAUGGAUUAGAGUGACAAAGAGGCAGGGACUACAGAGUUAGAUGAAACUUGGUUCAUAUCUUGGUUGAGGUUUAUACUCUGUGACCUUGGACAAUGUACUUCAUCCUUAUCUAUAAAAUAUGUGUGAGUAGUCAAGUAAAUGUUAGGAGUAAAGAAAAGAUCUUCCAGGCAGAAAGUAUAGAAUGUACAGUAUGAAUGACGAAGUUGUGUUUGUCGGAAUAAAAGAGGGUGACUGCAGAGAAUGUGGGUUGGUCAAGUCCUGGGUAGAGCAAGCAAGAGGGUGGAGGAGACUCAGUGGCCAGACUCUGUUGUGUGUUGAUAGAAGGGUCAAUGGAGUCAUUGUAGGUCCUUGAACAAAGGAUGGAUUUAAUAAGGAGUAUCGAGCCUUCUGGUUCAGGAACUCGGGGACAAGGAAGCAGGCAGGCACCGGUACACUGUGACUCCUGCUUCUCUUCUGGACCAUCCUGGCUUAAAAGGAUCAGCCAGGAGACAUAAGAUUCCUGUAGAAGUUUUUGCAUUCGUGCACCUUACUCACUAUGCUGAGCUCUGCUCGUGUUUGUCUCCCAUUGUACCGAUCUGUGGGGAAGUCUCAAGACUAUGGCAGGAUUCUCCUCAAGAGCUUAUGGGAGAAGGAAAAGCAGAGACCUGUCACCCUGAAAACUUGGCCUGGUGCUAUGUCAUCGUGAAGAAUUGCCUAUAUUGCUUUGACCAACUGUAUGGUGGCAAGAAAGUGUAACAGGAUUUGUCACAUGUUUGACCUGCGAGGCUUACAGUGCAUUCUACUGGAAGCAUCUUUCUACAGAGGAAACAACUUAUCUCAAAUUGUUGGAAAGAAUUGGGAUGUAAGUGCCGCCCUCAGUGAUUUUGAACAGUUACGUCAGGUCCAUGCUGGGAUCCUGCCCCAAUCCUUUAGUGAAGGGAGCGGUGCCUCCAGGAACCCUGAGAAAGGGUUUUCUGAUAGAGAGUGUACUCGCCCUCCCCGACCUACUCUACAGCGGCAGGAUGACAUCGUUCAAGAAAAACGCCUGUCUAGGGGCAUCUCCCACGCCAGCUCCAGCAUUGUUUCCCUGGCCCGGUCCCAUGUCUCCAAUGGUGGGGGUGGGGGGAGCAGUGAGCACCCCCUGGAAAUGCCCAUCUGUGCCUUCCAGCUUCCAGAUCUCACUGUGUACAAUGAAGACUUCCGCAGCUUCAUAGAGAGAGACCUCAUUGAACAGUCCAUGCUGGUUGCCUUGGAACAGGCAGGGCGUUUGAACUGGUGGGUGAGUGUAGACCCCACCUGUCAGAGGCUGCUUCCUUUGGCAACUACUGGAGAUGGAAACUGCCUUCUACAUGCAGCCUCUCUUGGGAUGUGGGGUUUCCACGAUCGGGACUUGAUGCUGCGGAAAGCUUUGUAUGCACUGAUGGAAAAGGGAGCUGAGAAGGAAGCAUUGAAACGACGCUGGAGGUGGCAGCAAACACAGCAGAAUAAAGAGUCAGGGCUGGUAUACACAGAGGAUGAAUGGCAGAAGGAAUGGAAUGAGCUGAUCAAGCUUGCCUCAAGUGAACCCCGGAUGCAUCUAGGUACAAAUGGAGCCAACUGUAGUGGGGUGGAGAGUUCAGAGGAGCCUGUAUAUGAGAGUCUAGAAGAAUUCCAUGUCUUUGUCCUUGCCCAUGUGCUUAGGAGGCCCAUAGUCGUCGUGGCAGACACCAUGCUGAGGGACUCUGGGGGAGAAGCAUUUGCCCCUAUUCCCUUUGGGGGAAUCUAUCUGCCCUUGGAGGUCCCCGCCAGCCAGUGUCACCGCUCCCCUCUGGUGCUCGCCUACGAUCAGGCCCACUUUUCUGCACUUGUGUCCAUGGAGCAGAAGGAGAAUGGCAAGGAACAAGCUGUGAUCCCACUUACAGAUUCAGAGCAUAAGCUGCUGCCCUUGCACUUUGCUGUGGACCCUGGAAAGAGCUGGGAGUGGGGCAAAGAUGACAGUGACAAUGUCCGAUUGGCCAGUGUCAUCUUGUCCCUGGAGGUCAAAUUGCAUCUGCUGCAUAGCUACAUGAACGUGAAGUGGAUCCCAGUGUCCUCUGAUGCGCAGGCUCCCCUGGCCCAGCCUGAGUCCCCCACUGCCUCAGCAGGAGAUGAGCCCCGGUCCACUCCUGAGUCUGGCGAAUCAGACAAGGAGUCAGUUGGCAGCAGUUCCACCAGCAACGAGGGCAGCAAGCGGAAAGAAAAAUCAAAACGAGAUCGGGAGAAGGACAAGAAGAGGGCAGAUUCUGUGGCUAACAAACUGGGCAGCUUUGGCAAAACCUUGGGCAGCAAGCUCAAGAAGAACAUGGGAGGCUUGAUGCACAGCAAGGGUUCUAAGCCUGGAGGGAUGGGAACAGGGUCAGGAGUGAGCAGUGGCACCGAGACACUGGAGAAGAAGAAGAAAAACUCGCUGAAGAGCUGGAAGGGUGGCAAAGAGGAGGCAGCUGGGGAUGGGCCUGUGUCUGAGAAGCCUACAUCUGAGUCUGUGGGUAAUGGAGGGAGCAAGUAUAGCCAGGAGGUGAUGCAAAGCCUGAGCAUCAUGAGGACUGCAAUGCAAGGGGAGGGGAAGUUUAUUUUUGUUGGAACCCUGAAGAUGGGUCACCGUCACCAGUAUCAGGAGGAGAUGAUCCAGCGCUACCUUUCUGAUGCUGAGGAGAGAUUCCUGGCAGAGCAGAAGCAGAAGGAGUCAGAGAGGAAGAUCAUGAAUGGAGGGGUAGGAAGUGGGCCUCCUCCAGCCAAAAAGCCAGAGCCAGAUGGUGGGGAGGAGCUGCUGACUGCCCCCCAAACAGAGUCCAAGGCCAUGGCAUUUUCUACUGGCUACCCUGGGGGCUUUACAAUCCCUCGGCCUUCUGGGGGUGGAGUUCACUGCCAGGAACCCCGGAGGCAGUUGGCAGGGGGUCCGUGUGGGGGUGGCCUACCACCAUAUGCCACCUUCCCUAGACAGUGCCCUCCUGGGCGACCCUACCCCCAUCAGGACAGCAGCCUUUCUCUGGAGCCAGGCAGUCACUCCCAGGAUGGAGUUCAUAGGGGUACAUUGUUACCACCCCACUUCCGUGUGGCUGAUUCCUAUAGCAACGGCUACCAAGAGCCCCCUGAGCCAGAUGGAUGGGCUGGAGGGCCCAGGGGGCUUCCCACAACCCAGACCAAAUGCAAACAACCGAACUGCAGCUUCUAUGGACACCCUGAGACAAACAACUUCUGCUCCUGCUGUUACAGGGAAGAACUGAGGAGGAAGGAACGGGAACCGGGUGGGGAGCUGCUCGUGCACAGGUUCUGAAUGAAGGGACCUUGGAGGGCAAGGGGGUAAACCAAGAAAGUUAAGCUCAACUAAUUGGCUCAUCAAGACCCAGCCCCAUACUGAUGGGGCAAAUGCAGUAAUGUUUGUGGGAGCCUGGCUAGAAACUUUUAAGUGUGUGGGUGCUGGAGAGUUGCCAGGCUGGCAAGAGCAGGUCAGGGCUGGACGGUGCCUCAAGAGCUGCACUAGUCCUUUGCAGAUCUUAACUUGAUGGGACUGAGGUGGUACAAAGGAGAAAGAUUCUGUCUCAUAACCCCUUGGGUCCAUGAAAGCAGUAGGGGCAGGUUUGGUAUGUGGGGAUAGGGAGAUGGUUAGCCAUCUGGGAAAGAAGGCAAAGGUGGUUCUCAGUCAAUAAAAGAAAAAAAACAGACCAAAGUUCUUUUAGGUUGAAAAAAAGUGCAUGGUGGUGGAGUUGGGAGUGUGGAGAGAAAUUGGGAAAUUAAGACAAAUUGGCCAUUGAUUUGAAUUAAGAUGGAAAUUAGGGUUGGAUAAAUUCUUCCUCCUGAAGAAUCUGGAAAGACAGGGCAGUAAUGUAUGCUCAUAGAUGCCUAUUAGGAGGGAGGUAGUUUAAAUGGGUUUGUUGAGAUGGAGAAGGAACGAACUUAAAAGGGGAAGCCUUUUCCUCUUAAGUUUUAUUUCCCUCUAAACACCAUCUGUCAUCUGUUCUAGUUUGAGGAGAUUGUUGAUUGCCCCCUAUCUUUUCCUCAUCCUUUUUGAGGGCUGAACUCAGCUAAAUUAAGGUUGUGAUCUUUUUAAAAAAGACUUUAAUUUUAUUUUUUUUAAAAGUUCCCUCUGGGGAAGGGAAGAGAGUGAUGAGAAGAGCAGCUGUGUGUGUUGAAUUUUCUCCAGGUGAACUGGUACAGAGGUGAUCUUUUUUUAACUACUUAGCAAUAACUAUAUAUUGGGGUUUGAGUGUGCCUUGGGAGGGGUGGGAGAAGGAUAGACCUUUGGCCAGACUGUUUCAAACAAAACCAAAAACCUAAAUAGAGCACUACCAUCCUCUGCUGCUGCAUUUCUGUAGAAAGCAACUUAUUUUUCUUUUUUUUAAGGAAAAGAAACAAAAGACCCCAGCAAGCAAAAACAUUUUUUAAAAACAAAUUUUUUCCUAUUUAAGUGAUUCUUUCUCCUUCCUCUCUGUUUUUGGAGAAUGAACUUAACAUCCCGGCUUCUUUUGUUAAGCCAUAGCUGACCUUAAUCUGUGGUUAGUUUAUUAAAAUAAAAUACUUUGUAAGAAGAGAUAUUUUUUAUAAUUGGACUGAAGUUGAAACAUGGGGUAUAGGCUGGAGCAAUUUAUAAAAAGUUAGAGAAAUCUAUUUUAGUGAACUGUAACCACAGAUCACAGAUUACUCCCGAUGAGAUGAUCUGUCUUUGGAGUCCUCCUUUCCCUGAGCCUACCCUUUCCCCAGGGGGUGGGAGUGGGCCCGUGGACAGUGUGAGGAGCUCCUUUGCAUUUUGCACAAAGCACAAGUCUGGACAGCCUACGCCCUGGCCAGCACCAUUUUUAAGAGCUUUAAACCAGAGGACCUAACCUAGGCCAAUUUUCCUUUUCCUUUUCUUUUUCUGGGAAAACUUCAACUAUGCAAUUGUAUACACUCCUGGGUACAUACAAAGAAGGGGAAUAAGUGUACUUAAGUGUCCAGGUGUUAACUGGGGCUAUUUUUCUGUAUUUGGAUUUCUCUUUGGAAGUAUGUACUCAUAACCCACCCCAUGGAAUGUGAUCCCCACGUUUGCUCUGAGGCAGACGCCGCCUGGGUGUAAGGGGGGGCGGGCGGCGGGGGUUGGCGGGGGCCCCUCGUGUAUGCCAUAUGUUGUUUCUACCCAAUCAGGAAAGUUGUCUUGCUGUUUCCCCCUUGGUAACAAAAACACCAAGACUGUCCUCUUUAUUGGAUCUGCUCACAUUUUAGAAAGAUUUCUUCCUCAAACUUGAAAGUCACUUAUUUCCCAAAUCUGAUACUGUUGAUUUCACCAUUUCCUAUGGCUAUGAAUUCUCAAGUUUUUAUUUGAAAAUAGACCUGUUUUAAGGAAGCAAUGAAGUCAAAGGAGUUAGAUUCCAAAGAGGGUAUGUAUACCAGUAUAUUCAGGGCAGGGCUGGGAAUAGUAUGAGACAAGCACUCUUCUCAGGCACAAAACUGAAGAGGGUACUGAAAAACUCAAUAAUCAAGAUAAUGUUUUAAUGCAGCAUUUUUAAAAAAUCAAUGCGAAAAAAUCCAUAAUGAACAAAAUGUCAAUCUUAAAGACCGGAUUCAACAGGACUGGGAUCAAGAGUGAGGGAAAUAAGACUGAAAUGAGCAAGUAUAGGGUUGAAUCCUGUCUUUAUUUAAAACUGAUAAUUUGUUCAUUGUGGUGGUGUUUUUUUACAUUAGUUUUGAUUUCCAAAAAAUACUGCAUUAAAAUAGUAUCUUGGUUACUGGGUUUUGGGGCACCACUUAAAUUUUGUGCCCCAAAUGAGUGCCUUGCUCACCUCACCCUGUUUCUGGAGUUAGAACAAUACUAGUGAGACUGCCACCUCAUGGGCUUCCAUUCCCUAACAUGCACCCGAACAACAGGUGGCUCAAACUCACACCUUGAAUUUGCACGACUCACUUAGCUUUCUCAUAGGCGUCCGUCUAUAUCAGCGGUUCUCAACCUGUGGGUCGCCUAAGACCAUCCUGCAUAUCAGAUAUUUACAUUACGAUUCAUAACAGUAGCAACAUUACAGUUAUGAAGUAGCAAUGAAAAUAAUUUUAUGGUCGGGUCACAUGAGGAACUGUAUUUAAAGGGCCAGAAGGUUGAGAACCACUGAUCUAUAUCAUAGGAUUCUGGCCUAGACCAAUAGGAGUGGAAACAGACCAGAGAUUUCCCUAGAGAAUAAAACCAGGAAAGUUUUGAUUCUCCACUGGACUGCUGUGUUUGGAUUUGUUCUGUUACUAGUUCUAGGUAAUACUUUUUGUUUUUAAAAACAGAGGACAAAUGAACAAAAAUGGAAACCUUA